AUGGAACUCACGCACGAGGACUUGUUCCCUGACGGAGGGGAGGACUUGACGGAGCCCCAGCAGCCCCGUCGGCCGAGCGCGGAGGAGGCCCUGAGCACCGUCCUGGAAAUCGACAGGAGGACCCAGCGCCCUCACCAUGGGCACGGCGAGAGUUCGGCGGCGGCGGCCCCGCGCGUGCCCAGGCGCGAGACCUUUGAGGAUCUGCUUCCCCCCGUGCGCACUGGCGACUGCGGCUUUGUUGGCCAGCCCACCGACCGGCACCCUGACGGGACACUGUCGAGGAUGCGAUUCCCGCAGGCCAUCGCCCACCGCGGCCUCAAGUCCGACACCGUCCCCGAAAACACCCUCGCUGCCUUUCGAGCCGCUGUCGAGGCCGGCGCCCACGCCAUCCAAACAGACGUCCAUUUGUCGGCGGACGGCGUUCCCGUCUUGACGCACGACAAGUCGUUGAAGCGCUGCUUUGGAGUCCGACGCAAGGUCGCGAGCCUCGAUUGGAUAGACUUGCAGAAUCUCCGCACCGUGGGCGCCGCGCAGGAACCGAUGCCGCGCUUGACCGAUCUGCUGCAUUUCCUGAAUCAGCCGGAGAACCGGUUUGUCUGGGUUUUGCUUGAUCUCAAGAUGUGCAACGAUCCCAAUCUGAUGGUACCCGCGAUAGCUGGUGAUAUAUCGCUAGUGGCACCAGUCGAGGGGACCGCUUGGAAGGAUCGGAUCGUACUUGCGGUCUGGAAGGCAGGAUGGAUCCCCCCCUGUGUUUGGAGUAUGGGAGACUUCAAAGUCGCCUUGUCAGCUUGGUCGCCCUCCUACGCAAUCGGCGUGCUGGACGAGUUACUGCUGUGGCGGAAAACUGUACUCCUUGACUGCAGCUUGUUGAACCACGCCUUUGAGAGCGAGCGCGGGCAGCGUUUCCGCGAGAAGUUCAGAGAGCAGUACCCAAACCAGAAGAUCUUCUCGUGGAGUGACGACUCUGAUCUCUCCAUGGCGCGGAGUAUCCGCAACGGCCUUGAUGGCGUUAUCUGCGACGACCCCGCGCGCUAUCUCGGUAUAUGCCGCCAGUGGGAGGACGAUGAGGCGUUCCGAGAUCGGAUUAGCGAGCCCACAAGGCGCCAGAAGCUCCAGUGGCUGUAUUGCAAUGUUGUCGUCUACAUAUACGAAUUUCUUUUGUUGAUGCUGCAGGGGAGCCCGUGGCGCCGGGCCAAACGCGGCCUCAAGGGAGACCAGGCAAGUCGCCGGACAUCGCUCACCAUGCCAAACGAAACAUGA